AUGGACGGGUCGGCGACGCCGGAGGAGCCUCGCCGGCGGCGAAUCGACGGCGAGCGGGCCGGCAGUAGGUCGGCUAGGGUUUCGGUUUUGUGGCCUUUCGGGAGCGCGGGGGAGGGGGAGACUGGGGCUAGGGUUCUGGAGCGGCGGCGGCGUGCUACUUAUGGCCGCCGGGGGGCGGCGGGGAUCAUCUGGGCCGCCGGCGCCAUCGAGCGGCCGGGCGUGCGCCAGCACCUGCUUGGUUACGCGGGGAAGAAGAUUCGCAUGAACACCAAGGAUAUACCCAAAACUGCGUUCCGAACUCAUCUCGGGCACUAUGAAUACUUGGUCAUGCCAUUUGGGUUGACAAACGUGCCGGCCACAUUCCAGGAGCUCAUGAACAGCAUAUUUGCGCCCUUGCUAAGGAAAUUCGUUCUUGUAUUCUCCGACGACAUUCUUAUCUUCAGCUCAAGCCUCCAAGAACACAAGCAACACCUGCUUAUGGUUCUACAAUUGCUGAGAUCCCAUCAACUCAAGGUUAAAAUGUCUGAAUGCAUGUUCGCAACAAAAACAGUUGAGUACCUAGGUCAUGUGAUCUCAGGGGCAGGAGUAUCUAUGGACCCAAGUAAAAUUGUCGACAUCAUCUCAUUGCAGAAACCAACAACAGUAACUCAACUCAGGGGAUUUCUAGGGCUCACGGGUUACUAUAGGCGCUUCGUCAAGCAUUAUGGCAUAAUCUGCAAACCUCUCCAUGAAUCACCGAAGAAAGAUGGAUUUAAAUGGGGACAAGAACUAGAUCAAGCCUUCAAACAACUGAAGGAAGCUAUGACAACUCCCCCAGUGCUAGCUCUUCCCAACUUUGAGCUACCUUUCGUGCUCGAAACUGAUGCAUGCGCAAUUGGUCCGGGAGCAGUUCUAAUGCAGAUGGGCAAACCUAUUGUGUUCUUCAGUAAGUUUGAAAUAAUUAGCAAGCCAGUGAAUCUCAUGAUGAAGUUGCUUGAGUUCGACUACAUGAUCAAAUACAAGAAGGGAAGCCAGAACUUGGUGGCUGAUGCCUUAUCGAGAAAAUAUGUUCUACCCUCCUGGCCACUCAACAUUCCCAAACGGAAGUGGGGAGAAAUCAGUAUGGAUUUUGUCGAAGGCCUUCCCAAAUCUCAUGGAAAGGACGUCAUCAUAUUGGCAAAGUUGUUCAUCGACAAUAUCUUCAAACUACACAGCAUGCCGGCAGUGAUAUUCUCCGAUCGAGACCGGAUAUUUACCAGCAAAAUGUGGCAUGAAGUCUUCACCGCUCUGAAGGUAGACCUGUGCUUCUCUACUGCAUGCCACCCGGAAACGGAUGGUCAGACCGAAAGGGUCAAUCAAAGCCUCGAGCAGUACCUGAGAAGCAUGACAUUCUUGGCACCAACUAAGUGGAGCGAUUGGUUGCCCUUAGCAGAAUGGUGGUAUAACUCCAGUUACCACACAGCCAUUAAAACCUCGCCGUUCCAGGCUUUGUAUGAGUACCCUCCACCUCAAAUUCAAGAGAUUGUCAUACCUGAAGAUGCUUCACCUGAAACACAAGCAAAUUUGCGUGAAAAAGACCACAUGCUGAAGAUGUUGCAGCAAAAUCUGGAGUAUGCUCAAGCAAAGAUGAAGAAGUUUGCUGGCACCAACAAAACACCUAGGAACUUUGUUGAAGGUGAUGUUGUUUAUCUCAAAAUGCAAACCUAUCGUGAGAAGGCUCUAGGCUUGGGGAAUGCUCCAAAGCUUACAUCCAAGUAUUAUGGACCUUUUCGAGUACUCAAGAAGGUGGGUACUUUAGCUUACAAGCUACAAUUGCCACCCGGCACAUUACUGCAUGAUGUGUUCCAUGUGAAUCAACUCAAGAAGCACCUAGGCCCAAAAGCAGUUCCUAAUGCCAAACUUCCAAUGCUGACACCUCAAGGUAAGCUCAAGGUAAAACCUCAAGCUAUUCUGGAAACUCGACAGGUUCCACGCAGGGCUGAAGACUACGACGUAGCUGUGCUGCAAUGGUUGGUGCACUGUGAAAACAUGACGGCAGAUGAAGCAACGUGGGAAGACGCCCACUACAUGAUGGCCACAUUCCCAGGAUUCCUUCCUUGA